AUGGAGCACAUCUAUUCCGUUCAAGAUAGCUUCAAGCAGGACCGCGACCUUUCCAAGGUUGACGUGAUCCACAACACCAACUACCAGCGCCACGGCACCAAGUCCUACGUUCACUCGUUAAGCCGCUUUGGUUUCCAACCUACUCUGCCUGGACCGUACUUCCACGUCGACAGGGUUAACAAAGUCGAGGAAGGACUGCGAGGCGCCGCUCAUACAGAACGGGCUCUCGUCAAGAAGGUUGGCAACGCCGAACCCACCCCAAUCACGGCCGAAGAUCUGCAAAAUGACAGCAUGUAUCUCUGCAUCGUCAAAAUCGGCACGCCGCCCCAGGCGGUGUUACUAAACUUCGACACCGGGUCUGCCGACACCUGGGUUUUCUCAACCCAUCAGGGCCAGAAUUCGCGCUCGGGCCACAACGUAUUCGAUCCCAAUCGGUCGACGAGUUUCAAGGUACUGCCUGGGAAGGCAUGGAGGAUUACAUACGGCGACGGCUCGUACGCGUCGGGAGACUGUGGCAGCGAUACGCUUAUGAUGGGGGGUUUGGCUGUCGAGGGGCAGACGAUCGAGUGCGCCAUCAAGGCAUCGGGCGGGUUCACUACGGGCACCGGGGAUGGUCUCCUGGGCCUGGCUUGGAGCAAGAUCAACAUGGUCACGGACUCUGGGACGAAGGAUCCUCAACAUACUCCAGUCGAGAACAUGAUCCGCCAGCACGAUAUCCCGAAGGAGGCUGAACUAUUCACCUCGGCCUUCUACAGCGUCCGCGACGCGGCCCCACACUCGUUCUAUACCUUCGGCUUCAUCGAUCAAGACCUAGUCAAGAAGUCGGGUCACGACAUCCAUUGGACGCCAGUUGACAAUUCCAAAGGCUUCUGGUCGGUUCCAUCGGAGUCUUUCGCCAUCGACGGCGCGAACGUCAGUGCCCUCGACAACACCGCCGUCGUGGACACGGGCACCACGCUUGCGCUUUUGUCGGACUCUAUCGUCAAGAAGCUGUACAACAAGAUACCCGGGGCAGCGUAUGACUAUGUCAACCAGGGGUACGUAUUCCCCGUUGGCACCAAGGCGGAAGACCUGCCCGAGUUCAAGGUGUCUAUCGGCAACAAGAAGUACGUGGUCCAGAAGGAGCACCUGGCGUUUGCGACGACAGAUGACAAGGCAAAUUGGUAUGGCGGCGUGCAGAGCCGCGGCGACCUGCCCCAUGACGUCCUCGGGAACAUAUUCCUGCAGAACGUAUACGCUAUUUGGGACCAGGGCAACAGGCGUCUGGGUCUCGUUCCCAAGAUCGAGGCGAGGCAGAACCUCAGGCCACCGCCUGACAGCUCUGCUUCCGCCGGCGGCGGCGACGGGGGCAAGAAGGAGCGGGUCAACAGCAUCACGUUACUUUCACGCCACAGCGUCUGA